AUGAGAAGUCUAUGGACUCCGAGGGCCCUGGAGGCUCCAGCAUGUCGCCGAUACAUUUCAUCAACGCCAUUGACUUGCCUGCGUGCCAGUUCACCAAAUUAUCGAAGCAAGGAGCAGACGUCAAGACCUGCUCGAGGAAGGGCCCAAAAGAAGCCUGCACCGUGGAUUCAGGAGGUUGUCAGUGGUCACAGGCCCAGGAUCGAUGCAAGGCUUGAUAAUCGUGAAAAGCAUCAUUCGGAGAACCAGGUCCAUGACCCAAGAACAAGACUACGGGUGCCUAUUGAAGGCAAGCUUGCAAAGCACCAUGCACUCCUCAGAAAGACCGUCUUGGACCGUCUUCAAGAUGUGCUAAAUGACCUUUCUCGCACUGAGCAGUCGGGCGGCGAUGCCGGCAAGGAGCGACUGCAGCAAGAAGCCAUCUUGUUCAUGAACUCCAUUGAUAAUGCCUUUCUUCUCGCACAGCAAAACAUCACUCGCAAGGAUAAGAAUCCCCUGUUUUGGAACCUGCGAGAUGCCUUUAUCCAGGGUCACAACAAGGCCCUCAUUGGCGAGGUCCAGUAUGCGUUCCAGUCCUUCAUGGUUCGGAAUCGCUUCUCCCGCGGCAUGGACAAGUUUCAGCAGAACCUGCUUGACUUCAGAUUUCCUCAGGAGUGGCUACCGGGAACACGAGAGAUGCAGCGGACUAUCCAUGUCCACGUCGGCCCGACCAACUCAGGAAAGACAUACAAUGCGCUCAAGGCUCUAGAAAACGCAAAGAGUGGUGUCUACGCCGGGCCGUUGCGAUUGUUGGCCACCGAGGUGUAUCAGCGACUUACAGCCAAGGGCCUGCCUUGUGCCCUGAUCACCGGUGAAGAGGUCAGGUUACCCGAUACCACAGACCAAUACUUUUCGAGUUGUACCGUGGAGAUGGUGCCUCUCAAUGGGAGGGUUGAUGUCGCCGUCAUUGAUGAGAUUCAGAUGAUCGGUGACGCGGAUCGCGGUAAUGCAUGGACGAUGGCUUUUCUUGGUAUCCAAGCAAAGGAAAUGCACGUGUGCGGCGAAGAACGAGCCGUGAAGCUCAUAGAGUCUCUAUGUGCAAGCAUCGGCGACAAAUGUAUCGUGCACCGGUAUGAAAGAUUGAGUCCCCUCGCUACAAUGGAUGAUGCCUUGGGCGGUGAUCUUUCUCAGCUGGAGAAAGGAGACUGCGUCGUCGCCUUCAGUCGUCUUUCCCUGCACACCAUGAAACGCAGCAUUGAGAGACACACGGGACGACGGUGUGCUAUUGUCUACGGUUCACUUCCCCCUGAAGUUCGUGUCCAGCAGGCAGCUCUUUUCAAUGAUCCAGACAACGAUUACGACUACAUUGUUGCUAGCGAUGCUAUCGGUAUGGGCCUUAACCUUGAGAUUCGCCGUGUGAUUAUGGAGUCGGUCUUCAAGUUUGACGGAGCCCAGAACCGCAUUCUUUCAGACCCGGAAAUCAAGCAAAUCGGCGGUCGGGCUGGACGUUUUCGAUCAGCCAGCCGACCUGGCGCCGAGAAUGAGAGUUCACAGGGAGGGCUCGUUACAACGAUGGACUACGACGAUCUAGUUAGGGUCCAGGAUGCAUUCCUGAAGCACGUCCCGGACAUUGAACACGCCUAUGUCGAGGCUCCUGCAGGCAUCAUUGAACGAUUUGCCUCAUACUACCCACCCGAGACACCGCUCUCCUUUAUUUUAAUGCGAAUACGGACCGCGGCCGCGAUAGGAGAGCAGUUUAAACUGAGUCUUCCGAACGACAGGAUCCAACUUGCCGACCUUAUACAGGAAUUUCCCCUUACCAUCUGUGACAAGCUCACAUUAUGUUUCGUCCCGACUAGACUCUCGUCCGAACGAGGCCCCAUGGUUAUCCGCGCGAUGGCCAAGAUUUUGGCAACCAACGCUCCUGGAGAUCUCCUCUCCAUCAAGGAGAUCCCGCUCGAGUAUUUGGAUAUGGACAUGUCGGAGCCUCAUAAACACGGGGCGGACUAUCUCGAAAAACUCGAGGAGCUCCAUAUUUCUAUCAACAGUUAUGUGUGGCUUUCUUAUCGAUUCACUAACGUGUUCCGCGACCAGGCCCUUGCCUUCCAUGUGCGAUCACUGGUGGAGGAACGACUGGUUGAUAUUUUGGACAAGUUGGAUUUCACCGAACAGGCACUGUACAAGAGACGACAGUUUGAGCGCAGGAGAGCCCACACGGAUCAGAUGAGUCAAGACAUGAUGCGACAAGAGAUCGAGGAUGGGAUGAUGGAAAAUGGAUUCCUCCCCGAAGAUGAGGUGGCAUCAAAAUUGGAGGAGUUGGUGGAGGCAUCUCGUGGAGCGGCGAAUGUUAAUCGCGGAGCCGAAGAUUCGUAUCAUGGAGUCUCGAGUUAA